UUCCUCAAAGUGUUUUCGUUCGACGAUGUUUCGUCCCAUUAAAAUGACCAGUCAGAUGUUCCGUGUUUGUGGAUUAAUAACAAAUUGCGCGAAAACCAUAAACAUUGAAAGCAAUGCUGCCACUGUUAAUUUGUUGAAAACGCACGUGCCGCUGGUGUGUAAUGCGAGGAAUGUAAACUUCUUUACAAAAAGACCAGCCAAUCUACUAUGGAAGUCUGUCAUCAAUGUUAGUAACGCUGGUAAAAGGCGAGGAAGAGGCAAGGGUGCACCAAGAAUGUUCGAUUUAAACAAAGGUCAAAAGAUAGGCUUUGGAAAAGCACAAUUGACGUUUCCAGGAUUAAAUGCACUGAUUAGGCUGGACGUAAUGGUUCCGCAAAAGCCAGUUCCUCUUAGUCAAAGCAUAGAAAACGUAGCAACGCCACUUCAAAACAAAUAUUCCGUACGUAAAAGACAAAAGCUUUCACCUUUAGAACGUGGUUGGACUGGAAGUAGAAUGGGUGGACGAAAAAUUGGACCACCCGAUCCUAUCGAUGGAGAGACUUUCGAUGGUUUUCAAACUUGGAUAUUACAUAUUGUUCGUACUUCUAAAAUGACAAGUAUUUUCGGGCGUCAAAAGCGAUGCAUUGCCUUUGUUGUGACCGGAAAUGGUAAAGGUUUAGCUGGAUUCUCAUCAGCGACGACAACUGAACAUAAAUCAGCCCUUUCAACGUCUAAAAACAAGGCUGGACAGAGAUUAAUGUAUAUUGAAAGAUACAACGACCACACUGUACUUCAUAAUUUUUACACGCAAUUUGGUCGUACAAAAAUAUUUGUUAGACAAAUGCCUCAAGGGUAUGGGCUCGUAUGUCAUCGCAUUAUUAAGACAUGUUGCGAGGCAAUUGGCAUAAAAAAUCUGUAUGCCAAAGUUGAGGGGUCGAGAAAUCCUCAGAAUAUAAUAAAAGCUUUCUUCAUUGGUUUGUUAAAACAGAAAACGUAUCAACAAUUAGCAGACGAGAAAAAGUUACAUUUAGUUGAAAUGAAGAAGGAGCACAAUUAUUUCCCCACGGUGAUUGCUUCGCCGGAAACGGUGAGGAAGCCGAAUGAGAUUGAACAUAACGAAAUUUUAGAUUUCAAUCAGUAUGUAAUGGACGGAAGGGUCGUCUUAAAAAAGAAAAAAUCUCAACCUUUUUACACAAAGUUACCUUCGUAUGCAGUUCAUUUGCGUAAGAUAGAACGUCAAAGGGAUCAUUACAAUGUUAGAGUUAAAUUAACAGCCGAAUAUGGAGAAAUUCGUAGUUUUCUUACUGAAAAAUAUCCAGAAGCGAAACAUUGCCGAAAAGUUAAAAAAGAAGAAGAUGAUGCCUAA